CUGUGGCGGACCAGUCAAUAUAGCGUACACGAGGAUGGCUACGUCUGUGCGUGUGUACGUGGGUGGCCUGCCUACGGACGCUAAGAACCAGGAGCUGCGUGAACGUUUCGGCCGGUUCGUUAACAAUGGAGCGGACUGCAGAUUGGCGGACGUGGAGCUUCCGAAACCUAAACCGAUGGGAACUUUCUUGCCGCCACCAGGAAGUUCGCGUGGAUUCGCUUAUCUGACGCUACAGGGUGCGGACGCUGAAGCGCAGAGCGAGAAGCUGCAGAAGACUUUUAACCGUACCAAGUGGCGCGGAUCCAUGCUUAAAGUACAGCCAGCUAAGCCUCAUUUCCAGCUGAAAUUGCAGCAAGAGUGGGAAGAGGAGGAGCAGAAGAAAAAGCUGGCGGAAGACAGACACCGAGAGCAACAGCAACAGAUUAACACGCCAACUGAAGAGCUGCUGCCUCUGAAACUUGGGGUUAAGUUUAAAGGCAGGAAGAAGACGAGAUUCCCAGAGGUGGACGAAGUGGUGGAACCAGUUAAGCAGGUAGAACAGGUUAAGCAGGAGGAGACGGACACGGAGUCGUCCGAGGAGGAGAGUGAAGGUGCAGCUGAGGAGAGUGGCUCAGAGGAUGACGUAGCAGCUGAAGAUGUGCUUGGAGAGGACGACGUGGAGGCUUUUGUGAGGCAAAUGGAGGAGGAGAAUGCGAUUGAGGAGAAUGAACAGGAGAAGAAGCCUUUGACGAAGGAGGAGGUGAAUGCUCGUCGCUUGGCGGCAUUGGAAGCUAAACAGCAGCGGAAAAAGGAGGAGAAAGUGGUGAUUCCGCCUAUUGGUGAGGCAAUGGGCAACAAGAAAAUCACGUUUGAUGAUAGUGGCAAUGAACAGGAGCCCGAGGAACAGGAAGAACAUGACGGCGUGAUCUCCAACUGGAUGGAUUCCAGUGACGACGAAGCGGACGAUGAGCGUGGAGGACGCAACACAUUCGAGUUUACGGACGAUGCUGAAGUCUCGGCUGAUAUUGACGCAGAAGCACAGGCGGCGUUUGCACUGAGACCUGAGUUUGUCGGUGAGAAAGGUAAGAAGCUGUUUGAGAUGCAGAAGCGCUUCGGAGGCGACGCGCGUUUCCGUCUGGAUGCGCGUUUCUUGGAAGAAGAAGCCAACGAAUAUGGCGGCAAUGAAGUUGACGAUGAGGAGCAUGAAAUGGAUGAGGAAGCGAUUACGGAGCUGCAGAACUUUUUAGAAGAGGAGAACCCAGAGGAAGCUGCUCGUCAUGCGCAUGAGAUGCGCGAAGAAGAGGAAGCAGCAUUGCGUGUGGUAUCCAAACUGUUCCCUGAUGUGGAUGUGACCCGUUUGCAGCGCAGACUGCAGGAACAGCGCGCUCCCAAGGACCCAUUGAAGGAGGCUGCCUGGAUGGGAGAAUUGAAGCGCUACGACCCACGUGACGCUCACGCGUGUCGAGAGUUCGAGAUCCCCAUGACAACGACAGCAUCGAGCGUACAGAAGGAAGAAGAAGUUGCUGCGCCACCUAAACGCGAGGAGAAGGAGAUCCCGACCGGUGGUGAUCGAUUCUUCUCGACUACUGGCGAUCUGAGCAAUCUCUUCUCUCGUGUACGUAAAAACUCGGAAGAUGGCGAGGAAGGCGAAGCUGCGCUCGAUGGUGUGUUUAAGUUUGGUUCUACUGCUGCUGAUACGGGCUCAGAAGCUCCAUUCAAGAUGAGUUCGCUCUUCUCCUUCCCAGUUGGUGAGGAUAAACCUCUCGCGGCUAUGGGUGAGCAAUUGCUUGAAGACGAGCAAGAGGAACCUGUAGCGACUGCAGGUGAUUGGGCCUUCUCCCCAGGUUUCCACCUCACAGAAGACCACGAUGAUGAGGCUAUGGCUACAGACAGCGAGGCGAGUGAUGAUGAAGAUGACGGGGAGAUGAAGGCAGAGUUGACCAAGAAACGUGCCAAGAAGAGUCUGGAGGACUUUCUAGCUUUCGGUAGGACGUUUGUCGGCGGUCAAGAGGUAGCAGAUUGGCCUGAACGUCGGAAGAAACUUACACUGGACUACAAGCGCAAACGCCGUGAUGCCGUCAAGAUGAAGAAACGGCACAACAAGCAGCAGAACAAGAUGAAUAAAGCCAAGACAGAUACCACUGGAACGUCUUCGAAGUGGAAGAAACCUAGGGUCUAAGGACUAAAAGAUUAUGCAUCUUGUCAGUUACGCAGUCUCGGUGUUGCUUCACAGUCAAAAGGAUCAAUUGUCUUUUCAUAAAGUCAG